UGUGUGGUCACUCGCCACGAGGUGUGUGGGUCCCAGGGAGGGUGAGGAGCCUUGCAGCGUAACCACAGCCUCCCACAGGCUGUACCUAUUGCUUAGCCUGGCGACUCUGCUUAUUACAUUGAAGUCAGCUCGUUUUCUAAAAUUGUAAUUGGUCAAGGAAGUAAUGACACUGAGUUUAGCUUAGGACAGACUUCCAGCUGUCAGCCCUUGCUCCUGGUGGCUUCUUCUGAUACGAGGACAUCAAAGGGGAGAAUCCAGACACCUGACUGAGUAGUACACAAUAAAGCCCUUUCCUCUCGUCUCCUUUCUCCUCCUCUUCCUCUUCUAUCUUGGUAAGAAAAUGACAGCCAUCAGAGUGACAGACAGGAAUGACACCUUUUCCACCUUCACAGUUGUCGUUGGAGCCUCUAUGAGACUGCUCACGGGAGCAGGGUAGAACUGUGCCUGUGCUGGGCAGAUGCCUCACUCAGUAGAUAAGCACUUGCCACACACACUUGGGAACUAAAGUUUGGAUCCCCAGAACCUUAAGUAGGUGAGCACCGUGGCCUGUGGUCCCAGCCUUUGUAUGGCAGAGAUGGGCCCACAGGCAAGGUGCCCACAGGCUCAGGGUUGAGGGAGAACCUGUCUCGGUAACCAGAAUGCAGUGCAGCUAAGAUGCCCAGUGUCAGCCUUGGGCCUCAGUGCUGAUGUGGGGUUCCCCCUGUAUGCUGUAUGCCUGCAAGCGUGCAAACUACAGAAACCCUAAAGCCCCUACUCCCAAACCAAGCGAGGUAGCACUCUGUAAUGGAAGCCCUCAGGCUGAGGCAGGAAGGUCACUGAGAUGUCAAAGCUGGCCUAGGUUACUUAGCAAGAUCUUGCCUUAGGAAACAACCCAAAGACUAGCACCUACCUGCCCCCUGGCCCGGAGGACACUUGAGGUUCGUUCUGGGACAGUGUUAGGAGGGUGUAAACGUGGGCAAACAGGACAGGCUGUGAAAUGGACAUUGGCAAAGAGAACCUGGGAUGUGUGACCUUCAUACUUGGAAACUAAACUAAAGAUUGUAGAAAUACUUGGGAGGUUUUGGAUUUUGUUUUUGAGAGAGGGCCUCACCUUAGAUCUGAGCUGACUGACCUCACACUGAAAAUCUUCCCGACUCAGCAUCCCAAUUGCUGGAUUACAGCAUAUAUCUAACGUGAGGUUUUCACUGAGAAUUAACCUGGCCUGAGCAUGUGGCUCAUGAGGUAGAGUGUCUGCUGGGCACACGCAAAGCCCUGGGUUCCAGCCCCAGCACCUAAUAAUCUAGGUCUGACAGGCACCUGUCGUUCAGCAUUUGGAAGGUGCAGGCAGGUGAAUGAGAAGUUCGAGGCUAUCCCUAGCAAGUUUUAUGCAAGCCUGGAAUACAUGAUACCAUGUCUUAAAAAAUAAUGAAUUUUUAUUGUGUGCUUUUCCCAAACAAAGCUGAAUUAGCCGUUUUAUUUCUCUGAAUUAUUUGUAGUACAGUGAAAAACUAUUUUAGAGGGUUUUUUCCUGUUAAAUUCUCAUAACAGGGCUGGAGAGAUGGCUUGGAGGUUAAGAGCACUGGCCACUCUCCCAGUGGUCCUGAGUUCAAUUCCCAACAACCACAUGAUAGCUCAUAACCUCUAUGAGAUCUGGUGCCCUUUUCUGGCCUUGCGGACAUACAUGCAGGCAGAACACUGUAUGCAUAAUUAAUCUUUUUUAAAAAAAAUUCUCAUAACAUUCUCAUCAUUUGACUAGGGUUUUUUGUUUUGUUUUUGUUUUUUAUCAAAAGUGGGCUUUUGAUAAAAAGAGGAAGCAGUGUCAUUGAAGUAACAUUUUUCUCUUAUUUUCUCUUAUUGUAUCUUUACAAAGAAAACAGCCCUUUACACCGCGUUUUAUUAAUUACAGCCUUUAAGCUGUUUGAUGACUUUUGAAAACCACUUUUGCAUUUCUCAGCCUUGAAACUUUGGUGUCUCCAGGCCUCUAGCCUCAGAACUUUCCACGGAUUUCUUCCUGGGUUCUGUGGCUCCUCCCUUGUCCUGCCCCAGAGGGGACCCUUGAGGUCCCAUCCCAGCCUGUGUGGUUAGGACAGGCAUGGCCUCCCUGAGGGCAAGAUGAGCUCCCCUGUGUGAGAAGCCCUGCUGCACCAGACUGAAGAGCCAGCCCCUCCCUGGGACCCUGGAGCUGAGUUCCACCCUCAGCUCCACCCACCACCCUAGUCCAGGACCUUUGCUGCCUGCCUGGCCUUCCCCUGGUCCUGUGAACACAAUGAGGGAAAGGGAAUUCUGGGAUUCCUCCCCGCAGGUACAUGUCAAGGUUUCCAGAUAGCUGAAAUCCAGCGUGCCAGCCAUGGUGAGCCAUGUCGUAUGGAGCCCAUCUGGUGCAAAUCAAGCCUAUCUUCCCAUAAGCUAUCACCAAACAGCUACCAAAUGCCAGAGCUGACUUCAGAAGCAGGCCCUGCAGACAUGAAUACCUCACCCCUGCAAAACCUUCACCACAGUGGUUUUCCAGGUCUUGCUCAGGGCCUGCCAAGGCGUAGCCUCCAAACAGGCAGCACUGAACCCCUGGCCCACAGCUGUAAGCGCCAGGGCCAUCUACUCCUGAAGACGCUUAUAGCUAUAAGGAUAGGAGCUCCAGGAGCAUGCAGCCUAGUUCCUAACACAGCAAUAGGGCCUGCAUCUCUCUCCAAACCUGAACUGGUAGGAGUCCCACAGAAGCCACAGCUGGGCCCUAGGGGAAUGUCCCUGUGGCUCACUUAGCCCCUUGACAGAUGAGCCUAUAGAACCUGUGUCAUGGUUGGAGACAGCGAGAAUGUGAGCAGAGAGUCACCGUGUGUGUGUGUGUGUGUGUGUGUGUGUGUGUGUGUGUGUAUGCGUGCACAUGCAUACACACAGGCGCAUAUGUGAGUACAUGGAGACCAGAGGUCAGCCUUGGGUACUGUCCCUCAGAUGUGGUCCACUUGGAUCAUCUCUCACUGGCCCAGAACUCCGCAAGCACUUAGACUGGGUGGCCAGCAAGCCCCGGCUUGUCCUGUCCCUGCCUCCCCAGCCCUGCAAUGGUAAGUGCACCCCGGCACCCAGCUUUCUUAUCUGGGUGCUAAACUGGGCCCUUAUGGUAAUGUAGCAAACACUUCACCACUGAGCCAUCUCCCAGCCCCUUGGGUGACAGUCAUAAUGCCGAUGGUGCAGGCCAAAGGAAAAAUUCAUGACCCCUAACUAGCAGUUGCGGCUAGUUAUUGUUUCUUACUGGACCCAGCUCCGUGGCGCACAUUGUAUCCGCUGCCCACCACAAUAUCUGGAUCUAAAUGUAACAAAAAAUAGAUGAUGGUCUCUCCUAACAGUGUGCCAAGCUCAGGAAGAAAAAAAAAACAUUCUGGCAAGGAGACAGCUUCCUUGUCUUCUAGAAGUUUCUCCUCCCUGGAAGUCCCGCCAGGCAGGUUACUUGCCAUGAACCUCAGUCUUCUCAAGCUGAAGGCAUCACAAUGGCUGGGUUGGUCAGCUCUGUGACAUCACCAGGGCCCAACGCUAGGUGCCCAGUCUCUGUGGCACCACGGCAGACAGACCCACCAUGAGCUGUUUUCCGCCCAGCCUCUGCUCACCAUGCGGACGCUGAGAUGGUUCCUGUUUCUGCCUCUGUGCAUCUCUUGCACCUGCGCCUUCAUAUUCUCUUCGCUGAGGGAGAAAGCCAAAGAAAGCCCAGGGAAGGUGCCUUGUGGAGGACAUUUCCGGGUUAGACAGAAUCUUCCAGAGUACUCCCAAAGCUGGCUUGGGAGCAAAUGGCUCUGGCUUUUCUUCGCCAUUAUGGUAUAUGUGGUGCUGAAAUUUCGAGGAGACAGUGAGAAGGAUAAGGAACAGAAUCCUACUGGCCUUCGAAGCUGUAAAUUUCGCUCUCCACCGAAGAAAAAUCAAAGUAUUUCCCCCAGCAAAGAUUUCACUUUCAAUACUUUAACCCAGCUCGAGAUAGAACUGGUGAAAUUUGUGUCCAAGGUGCGGAAUCUUAAAGUCUCCUUGGCAGCCAGCAGCAGCUCCAGGCUGCAUGGCCCAGAGAUGUCCAUGGACCCGCGCGAUAACGUCACGAUAUAUGAGAUAUGGGGAGAGGAGGACUCUGAGUGAGUGAAUGGGACUUUUAUCAAAGUGUGAGAGAAGAUAAGCCAUGUGUUGGCACUGUAUCCAAAUAAU